UUUGUUUAAAAACAUAACGAAAAAAUAAUUUCUAUGUAUCGUAAUCAUCAUUUGUCGUCCGUCGUAUUAUAUAAUAGACUUUUUUUUAUACUAGAGAUAUCUCAUGUGUACAUAACAUCAUUUCCCAUCAAGUUAUCGGCAUCAUAUAGCAUAGGGUAACAGUGUGACUAUUCAAGGCAUGUUGAAUAUCCGACAAAAUUUUUCCUCUUUUAUAGUUCGUUCAUUAUAUGCCGUUUUUUUUUUGUUAAUGUAAACAUUUAUUGUACAUACAUUAAAGUUUAUGUACACAUUCGGACUUUGCAGCUCGCGCGGGAGAGAGAAACACGCGAGAAAUCUCUAAUAUUAUCAUCAUCAUUACAACAGCCUUGUGGUUUAUUUUCUGGGAGAAGAAAGAAAAGUGGUCACUCAUUCUCGGUCUUUCAAAGCUUCAGUUGAUUUGAUAAACUCAUUCAUUCGAUUGGAUUCGUCUGAAAGAAGUGGACGUAAAGCAAAAUUCGAUCUUUUGCGGUCACUUAAAUUUAUUGGUGCCGGGACCAAAACAUGUGCUUAUUUUAAUAAUUAAAAAAAAAUUGUGAGAAAAAGGAUGAUAUAAUUUUAACGUGCCUUUUAUCAGCCUUUUUGUGUACUUUGAAAUGAGUAAAAAAUAAUAAAAAAAAAGAGGAAUUUAUAAUCUGUGAAAAGAAAAAAAAGUUGUUAAUGAAAAUAAAUUUUGGAAGCAGAAAAAGUGGAGUUUAUGCUAAGUAAAGUAAGAGUAUAAAAAAUUAUUUGCGGAUAAGAGAAAAAUAAAGAAAAUCUCUGAAGUCGGAUCAAAAGGAUUUUCAAAAGGCAACAAAACAAAAAGAACAAGUGGAAGAUCAGCAAAAAUGGAUAUAACAAGGCUAAUAAAAUCUUUAGCUUUGCUAUUUUUCAUCCUCACACAACAUUUAAGUUUAGUGCAGUCAAAACGACUGCAAUUUCAACGUCAUAAACGACAGCAUGGUGCCAAUUUAUAUCUUCCCGAAAGUUUUAUUAUACCGGAAGGUGAAGGAAAUGAACACGAAUGGGGACCAUGGGGAGCACCUUCAGAAUGUUCUCGAAGUUGCGGUGGUGGAAUAGCAUAUCAAACAAGAGAAUGCCUUUUAUUUGAGGCAAAUGGAGAACCAGAAUGCAAUGGUGGAAAUAAGAAAUAUUUUUCAUGCAAUACUCAAGACUGUCCAGAAAAUGAACCUGACUUUCGACAUCAACAAUGUUCAUUUUUUGAUAAAACGCCAUUUGAAGGAGUAUAUUAUAACUGGGUGCCAUAUACUAAGGCUCCAAAUCCAUGUGAAUUAAAUUGCAUGCCUAGGGGUGAACGCUUCUAUUUUCGCCAUAAGUCAAAAGUCAUUGAUGGUACACGAUGUAAUGAUCAUUCAGUAGAUGUUUGUGUUGAUGGCACAUGUCAGCCUGUUGGCUGUAAUUUAAUGCUUGGUUCACCAGCACGUGAGGACAAAUGCAGAACAUGUCAAGGUGAUGGAUCGUCAUGUAAAACUGUUACUGGCGUAUUGGACAUGAAUAAUUUACAAGUUGGUUACAAUGACAUUUUGCUAAUUCCGCAAGGUGCAACAAAUAUUGAAAUUUAUGAACGUUCGCCAUCAAAUAAUUAUUUGGCAAUUCGUAAUCUUACUGGACAUUAUUAUCUUAAUGGAAAUUAUAGAAUUGAUUUUCCUCGGCCCAUGCCAUUUGCUGGAAGUCUUUGGACAUAUGAAAGAAAGCCUAAUGGCUUUGCAGCGCCUGAUAGAAUUACAUGUUUGGGACCUACAACAGAAGCUGUUUAUUUAGUUUUACUUUCGCAAGAUCAAAAUGUCGGUGUUCAAUAUGAGUAUAGUGUUCCACAAGCAGUAGCUCCAGAAGAACCAGAUACAUACUCGUGGGCAUUUACAAAGUUCGAAGCAUGUUCUGUUUCAUGUGGUGGUGGACACCAAUCUCGCAAUGUUACGUGUACCAGUCAACGUUCAUUGGAAACAGUCGAUCCAAAACUUUGUGAUUCUUCACAAAAACCAGCUGAAAUGCAGAAAUGUGGAUUACUUGAUUGUGCUCCACAAUGGAUUGAAAGUGAAUGGGGCAAAUGUACAGCUCCGUGCGGUAAUAAUGGUACACGAGAACGUAAAGUUCACUGUGAAGCUAUCAAAGCUGAUGGAGCUGUAAGUGUCAUUGAGGAUGAAGAAUGCCUUGAACUUGUUGGCAACAAACCUGCCACAAUUGCAUCAUGCAAUGAGGGUAAAAUCUGUCCAUUGUGGUUCACUGGAAAAUGGCAGUCAUGCAAUAAAUUAUGUGGCGAAGGAAAACAAACGCGACAAGUUGUCUGCUAUCAAAAGGAAGAAAAUGGAAAAAUUACAGUUUUAGAUGAUAAAGAUUGUCUUGACGAGAAACCAGUAGAUGAGAUGGAUUGUAUGCUACAGCCAUGUGAAGGUGUCGAUUAUGUUGUCUCAAGUUGGAGCGGAUGCGAUUCUUGUGACGCUACUAUUGAAACACGCUUGGCAUUUUGUGCAUCAAAGAGUGGAAAAGUUUAUGAUGAAAAGUUUUGCGAAAAACGUGAGAAACCAGAGCUUUCGAGACCUUGUACUUCAAUGCCUUGUGAUUAUAAUUGGUUUACUUCACAAUGGUCAAAAUGUUCUGCAUCAUGUGGUAAGGGUGUUCAAACGAGAACAGUUGUAUGCGGUAGACUUGAAAAUGACGAAAUUAAAAAGGCUGAUGAAAGUAAAUGUGAUGAAAGUGAAAAACCAGAAAAUGAAAGAGAAUGUGAUGGUCCAUCUGAAUGUCCAGCACAAUGGUUUGCAGGACCAUGGACGGAAUGUGCUAAAAAAUGUGGUGGUGGUAUUAGAAGCCGAAAAGUCAUUUGUUUGGGUGGAAAUCAAACUGUGGUUGGUCCUGAACAUUGUGACGAAGAUAAAAUCAUAUUUAGCAGUGAAGACUGUAAUACAGAUGCAUGUGUUGAUGAUGAUUUACUUCCUGUUGAUACAACAAGUAAACCUUUAGAAGAAGAUGAUGAAAGCGAAGAAUGGUGUGAUGAAGAUUAUGAUUCCGAAUCAGACUCAACAAUUAAGGCAAUAACUCAGGAAGGUGUUAUGAAAGUUACUGCUGAAAGUGAAUUUACAACAGGAAUAGAUCUUUCUCCAAGUUCAUCGACUGAAGGGUCACCUGAAUCUGAGGAUAUGAUGUUUAGCGAUGGAACAGCCUCAGAUUUUGAUGUUACUUCAAGCGACGAUUCUACAGAUAUUCCAUCAACCGAGGGUUCUGGUUCUGACGAAGGUAGUGGUGCAGACGCCAUUUCAUCACUUUCAUCCGUUUCCACAUUGAAAGUUGACAUAUCAACUACUCUGUCUACUGAAAGUGAACUUGAAAGCAAAACUUCAACCACUGAUGCAUUUAUAAGCAGUUCAAUAGAAGACGCAACUACAUUGUCAUCAUUAGUAACAGACUCUGAAACAUCAAAACUGAGUGAACCAACCACGUUGUCUGAAGAUCUUACGUCCACAUCAGUCAUUGAUUUAUCUUCUUCAUCAUCACUUCCAUCAUCAUCAUCAUCAGAAAUGAUUUCAAAAUCCUUUGAAUCUGUUACAACAGCAGAGACUCCUACUUCUUCGCCUGAAGAAACAACAGAAUCAGUGACAUCGGAAGAUAAUCAAUCAACAUCAUCGUUAGAAAUUUCGAAAAUGCAAUCAACAACAGUUAGUGAAGACAUAACAACAGAAUCCGAUUCGACAAGUUUAACGCCAGAAACAAGUACAUCAGAAAUUGAAUCGAGCUCACUUGAAACGAGUGAAAGCACAACUAUUAGUGAUGAGAAAUCGACAACAGAGCAAGAUACAACAGUUCAAGAUACCACAACUGAGACAGGAAGCAUAACAACUAAGAGUUUAAGUGAUUACGAAAUUCAAACAAGUAGUUUUGAUUAUAGUUCAGAAUUUACAGAAAUCAGUACGUCUUCGGAAGUUAAAGAUGAAUCAACUGAAGGAUCUGAUUCUACAGAAACAACUUCAUCUUUAGUAGAAACGACCGAGGCUUCCACUGAAGCUUCGACUGAUGCAUCGACUGAGGUUUCGACUGAUGCAUCGACGAUUGUGUCAACGACUGCUGAAACAUCAGAUUCAUCUGAAAUUACAAGUACUACGGAGAUCCAAAAAUCUACCACAGAAUCAAAUGAAGCAGAUUUAACAACGACAGUUGAUGAACAAACAACCAAAACAGCUGAUGUUGAGGAAACUACAAAUGGAGAAAGUACAACAAUUGUAGAUGUAACAACUCAAUCAGAAACUGAAAUAACAGAUACUACUGUGAUAAAUACUACUUUCGAACAAGAUACAACGACAGAGCCAACGAUUGAAUCUUCCACAGUUGACAUUUGGAGUACAACAAAUAUUCCAGAUGAUGAAGGUUUUACAAUCACAGACUCAUCAUCUGUUGCAACACUCAAUGAUAUUAUCACUACAGAACUUAAACCCAAGAAAUGCAAACCACGACCAAAGAAACCAGUUGCUUGUUUACUUUCACAAUUUGGUUGUUGUCCAGACAAUAAGACUGCUGCAACUGGUCCAUUUGAUGAAGGGUGUACAGUCAUAGAAACAUGCAAAGAUACAAAAUACAAUUGUUGUCCUGAUGGUCUCACGCCUGCUAAAGGUGUUCACGGAAAAGGCUGUCCAAAAGAAGAUUGUAAAGAUACACUAUUCGGAUGUUGUCCAGAUGGAAUUUCCGCUGCUGAAGGAAAUGAUGAAGAAGGUUGUCCUAUUCCAACAACAACAACUGAGGCUCCUACUACAACUUCCACAACUAAGAAGCCAAAAGCAAGUAAACCUACCAAAGCACCAAAAACUUGUAAGGACACGGAGUAUGGAUGCUGUUCAGAUGGAAUUGAAACAGCUACAGGUCUCAAUUUUGAAGGAUGUGCUGAUAAGCCAACAGGUUGCUUUGCAUCUGAAUUUGGAUGUUGUCAAGAUAAUGUUACUGAUGCAAAAGGUCCUAACUUUGAAGGUUGUGCACUAUGUCGAAAUGCACAAUUUGGAUGUUGUCCAGAUAAUGAGACACCAGCACAUGGACCUCUUCAUGAAGGUUGUUGCCUACAAUCGGCUUUCGGAUGUUGUCCAGAUAACAUUGUUGAAGCACGUGGUCCAAAUUUGGAAGGCUGUGGUUGCGAAUACUCACCUUAUGGUUGUUGUCCAGACAAUAAAACUUCAGCAAGGGGACCAGAAAACGAUGGCUGUGGAUGCAAAUAUUCUCCCCAUGGUUGUUGUCCUGAUGAUACUACUCCAGCUGCUGGAGAAAGUUAUGCUGGAUGUCCAUGUCAAUCGUAUCAAUUUGGGUGCUGUCCAGAUGGAAUCACAACUGCUACAGGUCCCCAUAAUCAAGGAUGUCAUUGUUCCAACAGUGAAUUUAAAUGUUGUUCCGAUAAUCUUACACCAGCAAAUGGACCAAACUUUGAAGGAUGUAACUGUGCUACCAGUAAAUAUGGAUGCUGUCCAGAUGGAGUUACAGAUGCUCAAGGAGAUAAAUUUGAAGGAUGUGAAUUUGUGCCUGUGUCACCACAGAAAGCUUGUAGUCUUAAAAAGGAUAUGGGAUCAUGUAAUGAUAACUAUACAGUUAAAUAUUUCUUCGAUACGGAAUAUGGUGGUUGUAGUCGUUUCUGGUAUGGUGGAUGUGGCGGAAACGAUAACCGUUUCGAAACUGAAUCAGAUUGUAAAACAACAUGCGUCGAACCUACUGGAAAGGAUGCCUGUCAUUUGCCGAAAAUUCAUGGACCAUGUACUGGAUAUUAUCCAAUGUGGCAUUAUGAUAGCGACAGAAAUGUGUGUUCUCAAUUUGUCUACGGUGGAUGUCUUGGUAAUGCGAAUCGUUUCGAGAAAAUUGAAGAUUGUCAAACUCAGUGUGUGGUCGACGAUAAGGGCUCUGCAUGCGAGCAGUCAAUUGAACCUGGUAUUUGUAGUGGUUCAUUUGAAAGAUGGGCUUAUGAUAAGGAACAAGAUUCGUGUGUUCAAUUCAAUUACGGUGGAUGUAAGGGUAAUAAAAAUAAUUUCGCAACUGUUGGAGCUUGUGAGCAUCAUUGUAAGAAACCUGGCAUUGGAAAGAAGGUUUGUAAUUUGCCAAAUGAUACUGGUAAUGAUUGCAACGAGAAAAAUGCUCGCUGGUAUUUCUCACAGAGUGAUAACAAAUGCAUGCCAUUUUAUUAUGGGUGUGGUGGAAAUGAAAAUAACUUUGAAUCAGAACAUGAAUGUGCAGAACAUUGUCCAUCGGUUGUUGUUAAAGAUCAAUGUCAGUUACCUGCUGAUAUUGGAAAUUGUCAAAAUUACGUUGCAUUAUGGUACUUUGAUACGAAAAUUAAACGAUGUCGACAAUUCUACUAUGGUGGAUGUGGUGGAAAUGAAAAUCGUUUCACUUCCGAAGCAGACUGUGAACAAAGAUGUAGAAAGACCGAUGGUCAAGAACCACCUAGAACUGAACCGACAGUACCGAGAACUGAAGCUACAACACAUAUCGAGCCGCCUACAAAGACACCAUCUUCUGAAAAACAACGAGAACACUGCCUACUUCCUUAUGAAUCUGGAAGAUGUGGAGAGCGUCAUAGACGUUUCUAUUAUGAUAGAUCUUAUGGAAUUUGUACACAAUUCCCUUACACUGGUUGCGAUGGAAAUGAAAAUAAUUUCGAAACUCUUGAGGAAUGUGAAGAAUUAUGUCAUGAUGUAGUUGACUUAUGUGAUUUGUAUCCAUUAGAAGGAAGAUGUGAAGAAAAUGUCACUCGAUGGCAUUUCGAUAGUUACACACAAAACUGUCGUCAAUUCCAGUAUACGGGUUGUGAGGGUAACAAUAAUAAUUUUAUCGAUGAAUAUUCUUGUAUGAAUGCCUGCCGACAUAGACACGCUCAAGAAACACCAGAACCAACACAAAAAACUACUACAGCUCCUGAAAUUGAUGUACGAGUCACAAAUGUCUGUAGUGAACCAGAGGAUCCUGGUUCUUGUGAUGAAUAUGUUAUUAAUUAUUCAUAUGAUAGUGAAACACAAUCAUGCAAAGCUUUCUAUUAUGGUGGAUGUGGUGGAAAUGGCAAUCGCUUCGAAACAAGAGUUGAAUGCGAGUCUAGUUGCAUUACGAAACCAGAUGAAGAUAUUGCACAAGAACCUCAACAAACUGAAGCGCCAGCACCAACUGAUUCAAGGCCUAAUUGCAGUCUUUUCAUUAGACAUUGUGAUUCAUUACGAUGUACUUAUGGUAUUUUGAAAUCAUAUGAUUCAAAUAGCGGAUGUGAGCGAUGUGAUUGUGAAAAUCCAUGCUCUGAUUAUGAAUGUCCCGAAGGAAGUAAAUGCUCUGUAGAUGUAUCUUCAGAUGAGUUUGGAGCGACAAUAUUUGUACCCACUUGUAGAGAAUAUGUCAAACCCGGACAUUGUCCAGCUGAUAAUGAACAAAAUGAAUCAGACACAUGUGAAAAUGAAUGUGAAGAUGAUGCUGAUUGUCGAAGAGACUAUAAGUGCUGCACAUCAGGAUGUUCAAGAAUUUGUACUUCACCAGAGGAAGAAAAAGCUACUGCUGCGCCUCCAUAUUAUCCCGAACACUCACAGUCAAGACCUUCAGAGCUUGAACAAGUACCUGAAGAAGAUUUACGUCCAGUUGCGAGAGAAGGAGGCGUUGCUACACUUCGUUGCUUUGCAACAGGUUUUCCACCACCUUCAAUCACUUGGAAACGUGGCGGUAUUGAACUUAAAACUAAUCAGGGACGAUUUGUUCUAACAUCCAACGGAGAUCUUCAAAUUGUUCAAUUACAUAGAACUGAUGCUGGAACGUAUGUCUGCGUCGCAUAUAAUGGAAUUGGCAACACUGUGGAACGAGAAAUUACAUUGACUGUUGACGAACCGGCUGAGGGUAGUGCCUAUAUUAUAGGUGAACCAAAUUCAACUGUUGUUGCUCAACUAUCGCAACCAGCAGUAUUACGUUGUUCAGCUGGGGGCUAUCCAAAACCAUUUGUUACAUGGUGGCGUGGCGAUAAAAUCCUUCCAUUAAAGGACGAUCGCUUUGAAAUCACACGUGACUAUUCACUAGUAUUUAGUAGAGUAGAUUUAUAUGAUUUAGGUACUUAUGCUUGUCAAGCAUAUAAUGCAAUUGGGAGACCUGUAACAAUUUCUGUAGUAUUACGAGCACGUGGAAAGUUUCAACCACGCACUGAAGAGGAUUACAAAUAUAUUCAAUAUGUUAUUACUGAUCCACAACCAACAUCUCCACCAACCUUUAAACCACCUCCUUCUCCUUCUACUACUCCAAUGUCUACAACACGUCGUCCUCUUCCUCCUCCCACUCGCCUACCUCAAACUCGUCCACCACAAGAUAUUUACUUUGUUCCAGUAUCAGUUAGUCUGUCACUUCCAAGAGGAAAAGUAUUUAGUGUGGGUUCAGAAAUAUCUAUAUAUUGUAACGCAAGUGGCUACCCAACACCAGAAGUUUUAUGGUAUAAAGACAAUCGAGCUGUUGAAGUUUCUGAUCAUAUCCGAAUCCUAGAUUCACAAAGAUUAGUUGUAGUUGAUGCUCAACCAUUUGAUUCAGGAAAUUAUAGAUGUGUAGCAAGAAAUGAAUAUAGCCAAGCUUUUGCAGCUGAAGUAAUAACUGUGGAAGGUUUCCAUAUACCAUCCGAUUGUACAGAUAACAAAAACUUUGCCAAUUGUGCAUUGAUUGUAAAAGGAAAUUACUGUAAUCACAAAUAUUAUGCCAAAUUUUGCUGUAGAUCGUGUACACUGGCUGGACAAUUAAAGAGCCAUCCUAAUGAGAUAUAAUAAGUAAUUGUUCAUAAGUAUUUCGAAUUUAUCAUCCGUUACAGCUUAAAUGUUUUUUUUUUAAAUAAUUUCUAACUUACAUUAAAUUAAUCAUAGACGCAGAGGUGUAGUCAUGUCUUUGAUCACUCCCCUUCAUAAACCCUUUAGUUUUCUGUUAUUCAAAAUAGAACAAAAAUGUGUUCAUACCUCUGAAAAAUAUUAAUUUAGAAUUUUAAUUGAUAGACUAAAAUUUCAUUUUAAUUUUACCAAUUUUCUUUCAAUUUAAAAUGUAUAUAAAAAAUGAAGUAGUGCUAUUGUAUAGUAAAUUCACUUGCUAAGAGCUUUCUUAAAAUAUUGUAUCUUUUUGAUACAUUUUGGGAAUUUACCAAAAAUUAUCAAAAUAAAAAAAAGAAUCGCAACUUUAGUUAAGAGCCUUUAAUUAUUUUUGUAACAUUUUCGAAGUUUUUCAAUACGAUUGGAUUCAAUCUACAUCGUUAUAUUCAGAUAUACUAAUGUGCCUUGUUCUAGAGCUUUGUAUUAUUAAAAUAUACAUUUUGAUUUCAAAGAUUGCAUUUAAAUUCUUAAUGCUAAUGUAUUACGUGCCAUUUUUCCUAAGAAUCUCUAUGCAUAAUUAUUGUUAAAGUGAAUUCUCAUGUAAUAGUUGUUAAUUUAAUAAGUUAUAGCGUAGAAUGUUUUUUAGAUGUAGAAACAACAAUAUCGAAAUGUAACGAAAUUCUGAUCAAUCGAAUGAAAAUAUUGACAACAUUUGCCAUGUGCAUAUCUAUUUCAUAAGGUUAAAUUAAAAUUUUAAAAAUCACAGUUUUCUUAUUCAGAGAUAUUCAUAUGAAACAGAAUAAGUACCAUUUUUGAAACAUUAAAAAAAUAUUCAGUUCUCUAAAUGUAAAACUUAAUGAAACUUAAAAAACGUAGAAUUUAUUUUUGUAAACUUAAAUUUUUAUGUUAUGGAAUUUAAGAGGAUUAAAGCUUAACAAUUCAAAGCUUUUUACGUUCCCAAAAUCGCAUAUGCAUAAAGUUGGUUUCAUUUCAAAUGAUUAAACUUUCCACACUAAAAUGCCAUACAGCCAAAUCAACAAUAGACCAUAAAUCUAUUUUUAAAUUAAUAAUUUUCAAAAUAAAAACUACUUAAAAUUGAACUUUUUGUUACCUUAAAAUUAAAAAAGGAACUUAUUUUUAAAGAUGUAAUUUAAAUCGAAAGUGUGGCAAUACAGAAAAAAAAACAAUAAAUUAAAUAAUGAAAAACAUGA